CAAAAGCAUUCACAAUGAGAACUGGGAUACUCUUCGGCCUAAUUACCUUAGCCUUUCUUUUCAUCCAUGGUGCUCACUCUACUACAAUAACUAUCACAAACAACUGUUCAUACACCAUAUGGCCAGGAGACUUAACAGUGAAUCAAAAACCUCAGUUAUCAAACACUGGAUUCGAGCUAGCAUCCAAAGCAUCUACAUCACUUGAUGUCCCAAAUCCAUGGACUGGCCGGUUCUGGGCCCGAACUGGAUGCUCCACAGAUGGCUCGGGAAAGUUCACUUGCGCUACUGCGGAUUGUGGCUCUGGUCAAGUUUCAUGCAACGGCAAGAGUGCAGCCCCACCGGCGUCUUUGGUAGAAUUCGACAUAGCAUUGAUUGAUGGUCAAGAUUUCUACGAUGUAAGCAUUGUAGAUGGCUUCAACUUGCCUGUUUCAGUAGCCCCACAAGGCGGUUCCGGUCCAUGCAAGAGCUCAAGCUGCCCUGUCGACCUAAACCCAACUUGUCCAAUGGCACUACAAGUGAAAGCGUCAGAUGGGAGCGUGAUCGGUUGCAAGACCGCAUGCAUAGCGUUCAAUCAGCCACAGUAUUGCUGCACUGGCGAAUAUAGUAGCCCAGAAACAUGCCCAACCACAAGCUACUCUCAGUUCUUCAAGGAACGGUGCCCACAGGCCUAUAGUAACCCCUAUGAUGAUCAGCCUAGCCUCUUUACGUGCUCCGGUGGACCUGACUAUAAUAUCGUGUUCUGUCCAUGAAUAACAUAAAGCAUCUCUAGCUUACAAAGAAUGCUACAUGGGACUCCUUAAAUGGAUCGUUGAGACAUAUAUACAUGUCUUC